CGAUUACCUCAUUGGAAAAUAUUCAAUUAUAAACUAGCUUUAGUAUCAGUUGCUUCGGUCAAUCCGACAGAUAUAGUGAUAGUAAUUCCCAUUUUAGUGUUCAUCUUACUUAGGGUAUUUACAGGUUCUGAUGACGGGGUUCCUCAUUUUUAUUUUCCUCGCAUGCUGGCCUAUUAGUGAAGCUGCUGACUAUUGGUCACCCAAGACUACUGAUCAUGGUGGAAAUCCUCUGAUGUUCCCUAACGAGCGGACUACUUUGGAUGAUUGCCAUCUUCGCUAUCACAAGUUGUACCUCGAGCCAGGGGUUAAGCCAGCAUUCGGGAUGCCGGUUCCGUUAAAAGAAUUCGCGCACAUGGGAGCGAUCGGGUGGACCCAGCGUAACGGAAAUAUACUGUGGCAGUGCGGGGGAACACUGAUCUGGGACAACUUCGUACUCACUGCAGCACACUGUGCUGUCGAUUCGAGAAAUCAGGCUCCGGAUGUUGUGAGAUUUGGUGAUAUUGAUCUCACCAGCGCUGAUGAUGAUCAGUAUGCGCAACAAAUAAAGAUUGUUGAGGUUAUUAGACAUCCGAUGCACAAAUUUGCUGCCAACUAUCAUGAUAUUGCGUUGAUCAAACUGUCAAAAGGUGUGAGAUUGCAUGACACAGUGGCUCCUGCUUGUUUAUGGCUAGAUGAAGAAAUGAGGUUUCGAAAGUUAGAAGCUACUGGUUGGGGGAGAACUGGUUUCGCACAGGAGCAAACACCAGUUUUGUUGAAAGUGGUUUUGAAACCGAUCUCAAAGCAACAGUGCAGUGAAUUCUACAGUAACAUUACUACCCGAAAGCUUCGAUCCGGUCUACAAGACCAGCACCUUUGCGCGAUUGACGACAGAAUGGACACUUGUGAGGGUGACUCCGGCGGUCCGCUACAGAUUAAACUGAUGCACAAUUCCAAGGUGACUCCAUUUAUUGUCGGAAUUACCUCAUUCGGUUCGGCCUGUGGAACGUCAACUCCGGGUGUGUACACCAGAAUAGCCGGAUACCAGGAUUGGAUAGUGUCUACAAUGCGGCAGAAUGGUGCCGACGUGGAUGAAAAUAUCUUCAAUGCAACAAUUUGCGCAUUACGAUAUGUACAUUUCCGGGAAUAUGAGGAUGCUGUGAUCCAGGAAAAAACGAUCGACUAUACUUCCUAUGAUUCAGAUAAUGCACGAAUCAAAGAUUAUGGUAAUACAGAUUGGCUGGCGGAAAUCGGAUGGCAAUCGGGAGGGCCAGAAAAUUGCUUCGGAGUAAUUAUAGAUGAGGAUACAGUGCUAACCAUCGCAGAUUGUACUAAUUUUAACGGUCUAGCUCCGACGACUAUUACGUACCAAGGAGGGAAUACAGCGGUUAUCUCCAAGAUUUACGUUCCUCCUGAAUAUAUUAAAGGAUUUAGUUACAACAAUAUUGCUGUUCUGAAGAUGCAGGAGCACCUCAAUUUGUCGAUAAGUUUUCAGCCAUCAUGCAUUUGGCAUGGAAACGAGAUUCCAUACUCUAUUUUACAAGUUAUCGGUUAUGGUAGAGAAGAUAUGAACACAUUUCCUUACAGCGAUGAACGGAUACAACUGAACCCGACGGAAAAGUUCCUGCACAUCCAAUCGAGAAUUUUCAACGAAAGUAGCUGUGUAUUGCCAAAUUCAUAUUCGCGAAGCCUUCCACGGGGUAUGUCUAGGGAACAUCUUUGUGUUGGCAAUGAUGUCUUUAUAGUACCUGAAACGUGCCGACUAAGGAUAGGUGCUCCAAUUACUGAAACGGUGGAGAUUAAUGACCGCAGUUAUCAUAUGACGUUCGCUCUCAGCCAACAGGGUAGGGACUGCGGGUUCGGUGAGUAUAUGCUGGCCACUCGUCCAGCCAGCCAUGUAGAGUGGCUGAAAUCGGUACUGUUGCCGAAUUAUCAGGAUACGGGCAGUUCCGUUAGUUUUGUGGACCCGGAUCUGCUGCAGGGCAACAGUUGUGAAAAUGAUGCUGGAGUAAAAGGUCGUUGUGUUACGCUUGGAACUUGUUCAGUGGAGUGGUCUAAAUUUUUAGCGGAUGGACCAAUUAAGUUUUGUUCAAGUAGUAAGGUGGUUUGUUGUCCAUUAUCUAAGAUCAAGAACCAGCAGAGCAGUCGAGUACACCCAGAGCUUCUUGAAUGUCCACAACUGGUAAAGCGGCUCGCAGUUACAUAUUCACCCGGUUCAAUGGUCAACAUUGGAUGGAUUAGCGGAGAGAAUAUAGAGUUCCGAUGUCAUGGGGCAAUCAUCACUAAAUUAAUAAUUAUUACAUCGGCCAGCUGUUUGAGCGAAGGCUUACCUCAAUUUGUGCAACUUGUAGCAAAUGUUUCCCAAAAAAACUUCGAAAUAGACGGAAUCAUAUUACAUCGAGAUUAUAACUCUACCACGAACAGUAACGAUAUUGCACUGAUUCGACUGCGACGCCCGCUAUCGUGGAGUGCAGACGUAUUUCCAACUUGCCUCUGGACAAACACAUCCCACACGCCAUUAGUCAUGGAAUUAAGUUUUGAAGACGACGAGGAGAUAGCGUUCGAUUACGUAGCGCCUAUGUACAACAGCGACUGUCAGCGCACACACCCCCAGGCAAUACGCAGUUCGCAGAUUUGUGCACGAUCGUAUAUGCGUAAUUCGACGUGUAUCAGCCUUGGUGAUCAGCUACGAUGGGAUGCACCGGAUGGGAUACCGUAUUUGGUUGGACUCAUGGUGCACGCACCCAACUGCGUCGACUGGCGGUACGCUGUGUUUACGAGAAUAACCUCAUUCCUGGAUUGGAUUAGUGCAAAUGCAUUUUAGUAGUGUAGUGAAGAAGUGAAUCCUUUUAAAUAGUGAUAGUAGAAACCAGUAAAUAUAUCAUUAGUACAUAGUGCUAUUUAAUGCGCUAUUUUGGACAUUAGGUUUAUUGCUAGAUUCAAUACUAAAUUAGAAUAAUCGAAACAUAAAUGCAACAAACGGUUCGGAAGUUGUAGAUUAAGGAUGAAUAGAGUACGAUGUCUAGAUGAGCUAUGCACAUUUGGUACAUCAAUCAGGAUUCGGAAUAAAUAUAAAAAACUGUGAUUCGUAAUCAA